GUUCGCGAGCAUUCCCACUGGCAAGCAUGGCGGCGGUGGACAGCUUCCACUUGCUGUACAGGGAAAUUUCCCGAUCGUGCAGUUUUUACUUUGAAACGCUGGCAGUGGUCGGUGCUCUGUACACCGCCAGCAGGGCUGUUAUCUUGCUCCGAGACUGCUGCGUGUUGGUCAGGGUGCAUUUCCUACCCAGAAUGAUCCCAAGUCGGAAGCUGACCCAAAUAUAUGGAGACUGGGCUGUCAUUUAUGGUGCAUCCCAGCCAGUGGCCCAAGCCUAUGCUGAGGAGCUGGCCAGGCAAGGCCUAAACAUCAUUUUUGUCACCCAGGACCGCGCUGACAUUGGAGACUUUGCCACGCAUCUCUCCCAAAGCUACGGCGUUGAAACUCUCCUGGUCCACGCCGACGUGUGCUGGAACCAGGCGGCCGCCAAGCCGGUCAAAGAAGCUCUGCGGGGUAAAGACGUCGGUUUCCUCGUGAACUGUGUGGACGAGUCGGGCGCUUCACCCCAGAUCCUGAUUGAGAUGCCUGAACAGAAACUGAUGGAUGUGGUGGCGAGGAACAUUGCGACCGCCACGUUGCUGACCCGUGUGGUGUUACCGGGCAUGGUGGAGCGCAGCAGAGGAGCCGUGGUCAAUAUCUCCAUCGGUGCUUGCUGUAGGCCGCUACCUGGAAGAGUGAUGCUCACGGCUUCUACUGGCUAUUUGGAUCACUUCUCCCGGGCUCUCCACCUUGAGUACUCCGGACGAGGAAUCUUUGCUCAAAGUCUGAUUCCGUUCAAGAUCGCCUCCAGUAAGCGUCAGCCGCCAUCGUCCACAGAAGGCUGGUUUGCGCCAACGCCGGAGGUCUACGCUCGCCACGCCAUCUCCACCCUGGGCGUGUCAAACAGAACUACAGGCUACUGGCCUCACACGCUGCAGAAUGGACUCAUGAGGUGCAUCCCAGAGUGGAUUUGGGUUCUGGGGUCGCGAAUGUUCAUCAGUUAGACUUAAAAUGAGGCUCUUUGUCCACCUGCUUACUGGCUUAUACCAAUGUUGGCUUGGGAUCAUUCUUCAAAAACAAGGUUAUACAUGUGUGCAUUGUGUUGGUGUAAUGCAGUCCUUUCCAUACAUUUAUUUAUUUAUGGUGGGCCGCUACAAUGUUUGCUCUCACUCAUAAACACAUUAUACUGGGACUGCCUGUGAAGUUAGCUUGCCGUUCCAAUUCCGUACAGAAGGUUGCAAAUAUGCCUCGUAACCCCGCUUCUUGACACACCUCAUACACCAGGGGCCUCGUUUAUAAAAGUGUGCGUGCAACUGAACAUUAUGAAAGACAAACCACAGAAUGCACAUACGCACAAAUAACAUUUUGAUUUACAAAGCCAUGCUAAGCAAACUUCGAAUUAUAAUUCAGAAUUUGAAUUGAAUUGUGCAUAGAAGAGUUUCUCCCUGGUGUCCUCCCAGGACUCCUCCCACAACCAUCCAUAAAUAUGAUGAUGAGUUCAAAAAUCACAUGUUGGACUGUCAAUGACUGAAGACAGAGAUGUCGUCAGAUAUUUUCAGAUUGAUGCUGAUUACGUCGCGCACCGUCAGAAAAAUAUUUUUGGAGGGCUAAUUAACAUCAUCCAUCCAUCCAUCCAUCCAUGAGACUCUACUCAUGUUUAAAGAGUAGUUGAAACAUAGCUUCCCCUACUUGAAAGACCAGCAGCUGCCACUGGCAUACAGCCUGAGUUUCCCUCCAUCCACCCAUUUUCUACCGCUUGUCCCUAUCAGGGUUGCGGGGGGUGCUGGAGCCUAUCUCAGCUGCAUUUAGGCAAAAGGCGGGGUACACCCUAAGUCGCCACCUCAUCACAGGGUCAACACAGAUAGACAGACAACAUUCACACACUAGGGCCAAUUUAGUGUUGCCAAUCAACCUAUCCCCAGGUGCAUGUCUUUGGAGGUGGGAGGAAGCCACGCAGUCACAGGGAGAACAUGCAAACUUCACACAGAAAUACCCUGAGCCCGGGGAUCGAACCCAAGACCUUUGUAUUGUGAGGCAAAUGCAUGCACCGUGCGGCCCUAAUUAACAUCAUGUAUAAUUAAAAAUAACAUUUAGAAUUUGAAUGUCAGUACUUAACCAAUCACAGUGGCAACUCCUCUGCGACUGAGAACUGUUGCUGAUAUGUUGACAUCUUAGUCCAAAUAAUAUUUUUAUUAUUUACGUCUUUAUUUUGUCAGAAUGCAAAGCAGACAUUCCGUUGCAUGACACAAGUAGUCAUUGCAAGCAAUAUUUAAAGCUCUUGUCGGCAAUUGUCCCGCAUACGAGAUGAUUUCAAUACAUUAGUGGCACCAAUAAUGUGUUUUUGUACAGCUGUUUGUAUUAAGAAUAUUUGCGUGGUAAUAAUAAUAUUGUUAGGUUGAAUGGUGGUUGUGUAUAUGCUGCGUGAGAUGUAAACAGCACUCCAACCUUGUUAUAAACUCUCAAAUUCACAAUUUUUUGUAAAAAGUUCAGGGUAAUUAUUUACUUAAAUGCAUAACAUGAUUUUAUCUGAUAUCUAUUCUAAUCUAAUCUCUAUAAUUUACUUGCGUUCGUAGUCGCCGUGCUAUCCUAUGAACCGUCACCUGCUGGGACUGUUUGUGUUUUGCAAUCAACACCCAUUCCAGGACAACUGUUUGGACAGAAUAAAGUACCGAUCAUUUAAACAA